UGCAAAGAGGUUUGCUCAUUGAACCGGACGAGGAGGGAAUACACGCACCACAAUGGAAGCAGAAGGGAAAACGAGAGGCUUAGCUAGAAAGAGCCGAAAGUUAGUUGUCCCUAUCUGUCGACUUCCUCCGGAAAUGCAGCAAUGGACUUCCCAAUCGAAAUUAAAGUGGCCCAAAUGGAACCACGGUACGACGAAACGAGACCCCGCUACGAACAGCUUUCUGAGACGAAGCAAACGGUGGCAGUUUUGUCCUUGCGGCGGAACACCCUUCUUGCAAUCGUAAUCAUCGUCAUUUGUCAACUUGCCAGUGUAGACAACUUUAACUUGCUACCAGCCGGCAUUUUGGCCUACGUCGUGGGAGCGGUCGGGACGGUGGAAGCCGUGGCGUACUGGGAACGACAAGCGGACGAAGAGGUGCGGCAAUGGAAUGACAGGCCGCUCUGGACUACGAGAGGAAAUACAAUGCCGCAUUCUUUGAAUACCACGUCCUCAGAGGCAAGCCCCACGUUCAAAUAGUGACCGUGGAGGAAAACGGUGUUCCCAUGCUGUUUGCCAUUCAUUGAUGGGUAUAGGAUAGGAGACUGCGUUACUAACUCUCGGAGCAACGAAACGGGGUGUGUGAGAUGUGAGAGCAAUAUGCAGCUACGGUACGAUUGUUAUUCAGAAGUCCUAUUAUAACCAAACAGGUGACACAGGCAUAUUCGGAUUAUCGGUAGCAAGGAUGCAGAACAAACGUGAUUGUCUGCUGUCCACCCGAAUUUACAUACAAUAGCUCAACGAUACCGGUAGUUGUUGUCCCUCAGUACACUCCUGAUUGUUGCUUAGGUUGUGUCAUAUUUCGAUACCUCGCUGGAUACAAAACCUUCGCGUUCUCCAUUACCACCACCGGUAAUGGCAGCCUCUUGUCGUAUCAGAUUAUCUUGAAUGACAUGAGCAAAGUAGGACUCGAGUAGUACGAGUACGAACAUGAACAAGGCGUGAGAACCCGUCAGAAUGAGAGGGUCCUGGAUGUAGUGUGUGGAAAACCCAGUCAGCACCCACACAAUCGGAACAAACCCGGCCAAUCCCACCGUCCACCACCAAAAGGUCGUGAUCUGAUCCAACCGAGGAUCGACACCGUAGUACAUGACGAGGGUAUCAAAAUUGAUACUAUCCCUGCCACCGUAAUGCAAGUACCUCAUUCCAAAGAGAAUCAAAAUGGAGCAACCAACGCCAUAUCCCAUGAGUUGUGAAGCAACGAGGGGUAACUCUUCCUCUGCCAAGAGACUCUCGACAACCAGUUUGACGCUGACACCAACAGCAAGGAUGGCCAAUCCCAAGACUUUGUGGAGAAUCAUGAGAGACGCGCCGUGAAAGCGGGAUCGUCGUAACGCAUGGUCACAAGGACUCGGUUGCAUGUGAAAGUACAACAAGAGGAACAUAAAAACCAAGAGAAACGAAUAGAAAAGGACCCAAUAGUAGGCAUGUUUGGGCCUGGAAGCAGUGUCAAGUUCCUCUUUGUCGGCUUCGCCGUGAUGACCACCAAUUUCUCCUUCGCUGAGCAUUUCGCGAUAGAUAAUGGUCACAGAGAGGACCGUCUCUCCGAGACAUACCAGCUCCAGGGCGCCCAAGCGUUCCUUGGUGUGUUCGAUAUUGAUGGGUACGAGACGUUGUCCUCCCAAGAAUUGUAUCAUGAUAACUUCAGUAUAGAAUUCCAGAAAAGCAGCAAUCCAGAAGAUUGCC